AUCCAGAAGUAUUCGAAGGGCAAGGCUGAAAGGGUCUGCCCCAAUUCAGUAAUAAUAGUGCCAAGGCCGGAGUUAGUUGUACUUAUGGCUGCUUGGCUUCAAAGAAAAUCAAGGAAAAAGAGGAAAAAAGAAGUAAAGGAAGGAUGGUCAGGGCCGGAGGGAUCACAAACGCGGUGAACGUCGGGAUAGCGGUGCAAGCAGAUUGGGAGAACCGAGAGUUCAUCUCUCACAUUUCCCUCAAUGUUCGACGCCUCUUCGAUUUCCUUGUCCAAUUUGAGGCUACAACGAAGAGCAAGUUGGCAUCAUUGAAUGAGAAGCUUGACACACUUGAGCGUCGUCUUGAACUGCUUGAUGUUCAAGUAGAUACUGCAUCAUCCAAUCCCUCUCUCUUCGCUACAUAAUGUUUAUCGGAUCAUGUUGUUGCAGCUGCUGCUGCAGUACGGCUUCUCUGUAAGACUAGCCUUAUCUUGUGUUGUAACACUGUUUGAGACUAAUGUUCUCGAGUUUUUUCAUGCUUAUAUAUCAUGAUCAAUGUGUGAGGUAGUUAGAAAUUAUAUUCUUGGGCUGCAGCCACUUUGAAUACAUAAAUACGCUUUAAAUAAAGAAUGCUAUCUUUAGGAUCUUCAAGCUA